AGCGUUUUGGUAUUAUUAACAAACAAAGCAGAUAUGUUGAUUAGUUAAAACAAAUUACUUAAUUAAAAAGCCAAGUUUAGUUGAACUAAAACACAUUAUUUUACACUACACCGCAAUGGGCGUAUUCCUUAGGUGUUCUGAUAAUCAUCAAUGGAGCCUGCAGAGUCUGUAGCAUCAAUAUUAUUGAUGAUACUGCCGACCGAUUCCUAGCGAUGCUUAACGAGGACCAGGAGUCGUCGGAGGAACCAGAAGGACACUGCGCAGUCUGGAAGUUCCACUGCAGCAUGGCCAGAUGUCCCUACAAGACGAACAGGCCCUACAACCUGUGGCGUCACGAGGAAUCGCACUCAAAUCCCAAGGAACAAAAACUGUUCGCCUGUCCCGCCUGCAUCUACAGCACCGACAAGGUGUCCAACUUAAAACGCCAUGUGGCCACUAAGCACCCGGGCGCCAACGAUCAAGUGCCGGUAAUCCCACCCCCCGAUCGAAAUGGCAAGAUUCAGUGUCAGGUUAUGGGCUGUAGGUAUGAGACCAAUCGUCCAUAUGACCUUAGGCGACACCUAAUGGUACACAACAACCCGGAGAAGAGCCACAAGACCUUCAAGUGCUCAUUGUGCACCUACAGUUCCGACCGAAAGGCCAAUCUCAAGCGGCACCAUGAACUCCGGCAUUCGGGCAUCGAGGAAGCCAUUCAAACCGCCGAGGAACUGAGUAGGGAGUGGUUGUUGAAGGAGAACAGUCUGGAGGAGCACAACAUAAGCAAUCACGAGCAGGAGAUGAUGGAACAAGUGAUGGAAGUUCAAAAGGUAGAAGUCGACAGGUUGGAAGAACAGUUGGAGCGAGAAGAUGUCCAGCUGCGGCCUUGGGUACCGGCGAUGGUACCGGAAACAAAAAAGAACCUCAACAGUUUGGUGGAGGAUCUUGUCUUUGACGACCACGCGGUGAUAAAGCUUGAGAACGUGUACGAAGCACAAGAGGAUGAACAGAUGCCCCUAAUCACCAUAUCCACUUGCAAUCCUCAGAUACUUCAAGGAGACAUCAGCAACAAACAAGUCAUCGCUGUUAAUGUAAAUGGACAACUGAGAUGGUUUCAAUCAAUAGAUCCUCCUCCUGGAGCUCCGACCAAACUGCCAGUGGAAAAACCGGCUCCACAGCCAGUUUCCGAGCAGCAGCGAAUGGAUGAGUUGGAUGAUGAGUUGGCCUUAUCCCUGCCGGAGCACGAUCAGCAGGAAGAAUUUCUAGUAGAAAUGCUUCCCGAAGAAACACAUACAGAGCAACCAACUCAAAAGGAACUGGGUUGGAGUUGGAGUACGCCGCAUGAGGAGCUUAAGACUGACGACGCCGAUGCAAAUUUCCCCGAUUGGUGGGACGAUGGCAAAUACACAAAGAAGCACAAAAACCAAACUUUUCGGGAUCAACCGAAAAAACCGUCGCAGGCAAACGUGCAGCGUAUACUACGCAUCAUCUAUGACGUAUACUACAAGCCCUUCAAGGAAGAUCGCAAACAAUUCGAAGCCUUUCAGGUUAAGGACUCCUGGCUCUGCGCCACUGGCAUGACUCGCAUGCAAAUAAUUAAGGACAUGUACUCUAAGCAGGGCACAUAAAGCCAAAUUACACCGGGGCUGGUGGAAAACAAAACCUCGAGAAUUCAAGCUGGAAAUGAGGAGACUUUCUACUAUCUACAUAUGUUAUAAAAGUAUGUAAAUGAACGAAGCCAUUAAGUAAAAGUAAAAUUGUAAAAGUGGA